GCUGUAGCUGGGGAAAUGUGUAAAUGGAGAUUGCUGGGUGAUUUGUUAAAUGUCUGCGUGUUUUUGUUUUUUUUUUUCUUUCAGGUGAUCCUGAUUCUGACAAAACUGUUCGACUUUAACUUGGGAACCGUGACUGAGAGUUCACUCUGGAGGUCGGUCGAUUUCGGCACGACGUACGAGAAGCUGACAGAUAAAGUGAUGAUCAGAACGAUGCUGAGCUAUCUGUACGUCUGUCCGACCAAUAAGAGAAAGAUCCUGAUUUUAUCCGAUCCAGAGGUGGAGAGUAGUUUACUUAUCAGUUCUGACGAAGGAGCCUCGUUUCAAAAGUUCAAUAUUAACUUCUACAUCAUGAGUCUUCUGUUUCACCCUACGCAGGAGAAUUGGAUACUGGCCUAUAGCCACGAUCAGAGGCUCUACAGCUCUGUGGACUUCGGGAAGAAGUGGAUUCUUGUUCACGAGCGAGUAACUCCAGGGCGAUUUUACUGGGCGCUGAGUGGUCUGGAUAAAGAGGCAGACCUGGUGCACAUCGAGGCUCGAACUGACAGCGGACAAAUGCAGUAUAUUACCUGCCGAGCACAAAAGUGUUCAGAGGAGGGUAGGCAGUAUCCAUUCAUUGGCCGAAUUGACACCAACUCACUUGUGGUGCAGGACCAAUACAUCUUCUUACAGCUAACUACAGCAGGAAGAACUACAUACUUUGUGUCCUAUCAACGAGGGCCCUUUAGGACCAUACAGCUCCCUAAAUACUGUCUGCCCAAAGACAUGCACAUUGUCAGUACAGAUGAGGGCCAAGUGUUGGCAGCCGUGCAGGAGUGGAACGAAAAUGACACCUACAGUCUGUACAUCUCUGACACACCUGGUGUCUACUUCACCCGCUCGCUCCCAAACCUCAGAACAUCCCGCGGCCUCGCAGGAAACCUCAUCGUAGAUGUCUACAAGGUUUCCGGCAUAAGUGGGAUGAUAAUAGCCAAUAAGAAAGAAGAUGCACAGAUGAGAACAUAUAUCACCUACAACAAAGGCCAGACAUGGAGUUUACUACAGCCUCCAGCCAAAGACACUACAGGACAUGACGUCAACUGCAACCUGCCGUCGUGCUCCCUGCACCUUCACCUGCAGAUGUCUGAAAACCCCUAUACACCUGACACUAUCUCCACCAAACAAUCCGCUCCAGGGAUUAUAGUGGCCACAGGUAACAUUGGACCUGAGCUUUCCUUCUCUAAUACAGCUAUGUUUAUCUCCUCUGAUGCCGGAAACACAUGGAGACAGAUUUUUGAAGAAGAGCACAGCGUCUGGUUUUUGGACCAUGGAGGGGCUUUAUUAGCUGUUACACAGUCUGCUGUACCCACACGCUAUUUAUGGAUUAGUCUGGAUGAAGGCCGCCAUUGGGACAAACUCAGCUUUUCGUCGACACCCUUAUUUGUCGACGGGGUUUUGAUGACUCCAGAGACUGAGAAUCGCAUCAUUACAUUCUUCGGGCACUUUAGUUACCACUCCGACUGGCAGCUGAUAAAGAUUGACUACAGCUCCCUGUUUGGGCGGAAAUGCACAGACGGAGACUUUCAGACAUGGCACCUCCAUAACAAGGGUGAGGUGUGUGUGAUGGGAGAGAGACAGGUGUAUAUGAAGAGGAAGCCGGGCACGCGUUGCACUCUGGGUCGGGAGUAUUCUCGAGUCGUUUCAGCUGAGCCCUGCAUCUGCACCCUCUAUGACUUUGAGUGUGAUUAUGGGUUUGAGAGACAGACCAGUGGAAAAUGUGCACCUGCAUUUUGGUAUGAUGUCAAUUUACCGGCACACACCUGCAGUUAUGGACAGCGCUACCGCAACAGUACAGGGUACAGGAGAGUGAUGUUGAAUAACUGUAGAGAGGGUCUGAAGGAUACACUGAGUCCCAGAAUGCAACAGUGUAAACCCAUAGCACCCAGUGGCCUUCAACUGAGCACUAUUAACACACAACUCACUGCUGUACUGGGAACCAACAUCACCUUCAGAGUCGCAUUGCAAAAUGGUGACUCACUGUCGACCAGUCUCCAUGUGGACUUUGGAGAUGGCAUCUCGGUGUCAUACUCCAACAUAAGCCGCCUUGGUGACAGCAUCACACACACAUACAGGGUCGCUGGGAUAUUCAGGGUCAGCGCACGUGCUCAGAACAGCCAGGGCUCUGACAGCAGCUCGCUCUAUCUGCACAUCACCAGUCCUGUGGAGCGUAUCUUUCUUUCGGCACCGGUGGUCGUGGCCAGAGGAAGAGAAGCCAACCUGACAGCAGUGUUGUGGCCCAGUCAGCCCAGGACGGCCACCUUCUACUGGUGGUUCAAUAACAACACUGAGCCCCUGAUCACACUGGAAGGAAGCGUUUCACACACGUUCACGCGAGAGGGACUGAACCCUGUCACAGUACAGGUGUCGGCGGGAGGUACAGUCCUACAGGAUGUGAAAAUCAUCACCGUCAAAGAUGUCUUUCGUUCUUUGCUUCUGUCGUUUUCUCCAAACCUGGAAGAGCACAACCCGUCUGUUGCCGAGUGGAGACAGGACGUGGGGCGUGUUGUCAGGGCAACGCUCGCUCAGGUCUGCAGCUUCCCUGAGGACCAGUUGUUGGUGUCUGUGUUUCCUGGAUCUCCAACAGCUGCUGAGCUCUUUAUCCUACCCGAGACCAACCAGUCAGCAUUCAGAUCACACACAGAGGAACAACUUAAUAAGAUGUCGGAGGUCUUCAUGAACGCUUUAAAUCAGAACCUGAUCCAGUUUGAUCUGAAGCCUGACACGCGGGUCACUGUGUCUUUGUCUCAGCUCACAUUGGCACCUCUGGUGGACUCCAGUGUUUUGCCCAGUGGCUCUGCCAUGCUCUUACUGGUUUCUCUGGGCCUGCUGGGAUUGGCCAUUCUCUUCAUCUACAAGUUCAAACGUAAGAUUCCUUGGAUCCACGUUGAGACAGAAGACAGCCAUGAGAAAGAGCCUGAGAUGAUCAGCGCUGUCGGACAGGAGAAGAACGGCACACGUACAACAGCCACUUCCUUCACGUCUUGCAGUGCACACAACACACACACACCGUGUCCAUUAAACACAGGAACACACAACAGCUUCAGCCAUCUGCCACCACCAAGAGAACUGAUGGAGAAAGAGCUGGAGGCUCACAGCACAGGCGGCCUUGGGGCUGGAGAACGCUUAAGGACCAGACAAAUUCCAAACUGCACCAAUGUCUGAAAUGAUGAAGGUUUGAUGAUGAAACAUCAAUUGUAUUAGAUGUAUAAUUAUAAAGUUUUUUAUGAAGGGAUAGUACACCCAAAGAUUUAUUCAUCCUCAGGCCAUCUAAGGUAGAACACGAGAGAAGAUUUUUAGCUGUAGCUACAGUUCUUGAUAAUUCAUAAAAUGCAAGUCAACUGUUACUGACAAUCUAAGAGUAUGAAAACAUAUACAGGUAAAACAAAACUCAUACACGUGGCUCCUGGUGAUACAUUGAGCUCUUAUUAAGCAAAACUGAGCAUUAUUUGUAGCUUUAUUAUCUUUAACCCGCAUCGUCUGCAAACAAAAUGCAUGAGGCUGAAAAGAUAAAAGAUAAUACUGUCAAUAAUGUUUAGUUUCAGUUCAGACUGCAUGAUUUUAGCCCUGACUUUGACUCGCUGACAGAUUUUGAGAAAUCGCAGACAAAUGCCUGAAAUCACAGCCAAAUUGGUGUUGUUCAGGUGAGUAACAACUAUCAAAGACACGAUCUGAGAAUCGCUGAUGAGUCGCUGACACCCGUCAGAUAUUUGUCAUGCUAAAUAUCUGAAGCUGUCUGCGAU